AUGGACCGGCUUAAAAGUGUAGCCAUCUCUACCGAGUUCCAAUUUUUCAAACACGAUGGUCACAAGCUCUUUGGGGCCAAUCUCGGCUCCCCUAACCUUCCCACGAUUUCAGUCAGUCGCCGAGAGUUUUACGAAUUGCUGCUCAACUAUGCACGAGAAAAUGGCAUUCGUAUCGAAACCGGCCAGACCGUGGAGGAUUUCUUCGAGACCCCAGAACACGGCGGUAUCCAUCUUGCGGAUGGACGCAGUGUAACGGCCGACGUGGUCGUUGCGGCAGACGGUGUCGGGUCCAAAUCGUUGCGUCUGAUCCGUGGCCAACACGAGACGCCCAUUAGCUCUGGCUUUGCUCUGUAUCGAACUAGCUACCCGACUGAGGUCGCGCUCAGCAACCCCCGUAUCGCGAGCUUUUUUGGCGACAAGCGAGAGUGGACUUCUUUGCACAUCGGCCCUGGAGCUCAUUUCUUCAUGGGUAUGUCGCCUACCGAGUUCAGCUGGGGCCUCACCCACAAGGACGACGGAACCUCUGUUGAAAGUUGGACACGUGUCGUUGAUGCGAGCGGCGCUCUCAGAUAUGUCGAGGGCUGGGAUGCUAUUGUUCAUGACGUGAUCAAGUCCACACCUGGCAAUCAGGCGACGGACUGGAAGCUGCGUUUUCGCGACCCUCAUCCCAAGUGGGUGUCCGACGGGGGCCGAGUUGUGCAAUGCGGAGACUCUGCCCAUGCAUUUGUGCCUUCGUCUGGAUACGGCGCCACCAUGGCCCUUGAGGACGCGUUUUCACUGGUAGCUUGUCUCACUAAAGGUGGUGUUGAGGGCGUUGCAACUGCUACAAAGGUUCAUAAUCAUCUUCGCUUUGAAAGAACUGCGAAUGCACAGAAGGUUGGCUACAAGUCGCGGGAGGCAUUUCAUCACACCAAUUGGGACGAGGUUGCCAAUAACCCGCGCAGCAUUGCCAAAUUCACUGGCAAGUGGCUCAACGUUCAUGAUCCCGAGCGAUACGCCUACGACAAUUAUGAUGCCUGCGCUGCUCAUUUAUUGAACCAAAAGCCUUUCCAAAACAUGAAUACUGUGCCCAAUCACGAUUUCAAGCUUUGGACUGUCCAGGAGCUGCUAGACAAGUCGGAACGGGGAGAAUCAAUCGAGGAUGAUGGAGAUUGGUACAAUUAG